AUGAAGAACUUCAACCUUAUUACUGCUAUCUUUGCUGCGGCCGCGGCAAGCGCCCCUCUGGUAAACACUGAGGCCGGUCUCAAUCAGAUGGCCACCACUGAUGGACGCAACUCAUGGGUCGAGUCCGGCCAGGGUUGGAAGCGAGACCAAACCACUACCAACGACAUGGCCACCACUGAUGGACGCAACUCAUGGGUCGAGUCCGGCGAUGGCUGGUGA